AUGGGCGACCUGCCAAGAGCGCGCGUCACUCCGAGCCGCCCAUUCCAGCACACCGGCGUGGACCUCGCCGGCCCGGUGUGGCUUCGAACGACGAGAGGCCGAGGACACAAGGCCUACAAGGGUUUUUUGGUGGUAUUCGUUUGUUUUAGCUCCCGCGCCGUACAUCUUGAAGCUGUCAGCGACUACACCGCCGAGGCCUUCCUAGCGGCCUUUCGUCGGUUCGUGUCCCGACGAGGGUUGUGCACAGUCGUGUACAGCGACUGCGGCACUAACUUUGUGGGCGCGGACCGACAGCUUAAGGCCCUCUUCAAGGCUGCUGGCCGUGAGAUCCAGACCAUUGUUGGGCGCCUGGCAGACCGAGGAGUGCGGUGGAGCUUCAAUCCACCGGCAGCUCCACAUUUUGGCGGCCUGUGGGAAGCGGCGGUCAAGGCGGUUAAACACCACCUUAGACGCACCAUCGGCGAGGCCAGACUGACCUUUGAGGAACUGUCGACGUUCCUCACAGAGGUUGAGGCCUGCCUCAAUUCUAGGCCGCUCGAAGCCUUGACGGAUGACCCUGACGACCUCCGUGCCCUGACGCCUGGGCAUUUCCUGGUGGGAAGCCCUCUUCUCGCCAUCCCGGAGCCGUCACUCCUGGACGCCUCAGCCAACUGA